AUGACGUAUCCCCAGCCAGAAGUUCUGACACCCUCUGGGAAAGAUGUCCUUGUCAUGACCCCUCGGCUGGCUCCCAUCCUCUGGGAGGGGACUUUCAAAACUGACAUCCUGAAUGAGCAGUUCCGGCUCCAGAAUGCCACCAUUGGAUUCAUCACGUUUCCUGCUAAAAAACCCAAAACCCACCUGAAGAUAUUGCGAACUGCAGAGAUGUACUUCAUGGCGGGACACAGGGUGAACGACUACGUCUUCACUGACCGGCCAGACCACGUUCCUCAUAUUAACAUCCAAAAAGGAAGGCAGACAAUCAUCCUCAAGGUCCAGAGCCAUGCCCGCUGGGAGGACAUCUCCACGUACCACACGGAGAUAAUCCAUUUUCCCCAGCAACGCUUCCACCAGGAAGCGGAUUACCUUGUGUGUGUGGAUGCGGACAUGAAGUUCAGCGACCACACGGGCGUGGAGAUCCUCUCCUCCUUGUUCCGCACCCUGCAUCCUGGCUACCGUGGGCUCAGUCGGACCCACUUCCCCUAUGAACGUUGGCCUCAGUCACAAGCCCAUGUUCCUGAAGAUGAGGGGGACUUUCAUUACACAGGGGUUUUUGGGGGGUCAGUGCCAGAGGUGUACAGGCUCAGCAAGGCCCUCCACGAGGCACAAAUGGCCGACCAAGCCAACCACAUCAAAGCUGCGAGGCAUGGUGAGAGCCACCGGAACGAGUAUCUGCUUUACCACAAACCCUCCAAGGUCCUCUGCCCUGAGUACCUGGGGAAUCACAACAUGCUGCACAAUACCUGGGAUCAGCAGGUAGUAAACUUGUCUUCCAACAUAAAGUGCAUUGGAUUUGUGACUAUGGAAGAAGCACCAGGAAAUCAAGACUUAUCAAAGGAAGCUUCUAGAAAGGACUGA